GGGCCGGGCGAUGGGUCCUGAGGCGCUGCUGGCGGCGCUGCUGGCGGUGCUGGCGCUUCGGAUAGGGGACCCCGCAGGGGCCGCGGCGCGGGGCGACACGUUCUCCGCGUUGACCAGCGUGGCGCGCGCCCUGGCGCCCGAGCGCCGGCUGCUGGGGCUGCUGCGCCGCUACCUGCGCGGGGAGGAAGCGCGGCUGCGGGACCUGACCAGAUUCUAUGACAAGGUACUUUCUUUGCAUGAGGAGUCAACAACCCCUGUGGCUAACCCUCUGCUUGCAUUUACUCUCAUCAAACGCCUGCAGUCUGACUGGAGGAAUAUUGUACAUAGUCUGGAGGCCAGUGAGAACAUUCGAGCCCUAAAGGAUGGUUAUGAGAAGGUGGAGCAAGACCUUCCAGCCUUUGAGGACCUCGAAGGAGCAGCGCGGGCCCUGAUGCGGCUGCAGGACGUGUACAUGCUCAAUGUGAAGGGCCUGGCCCGAGGUGUCUUUCAGAGAGUCACUGGCUCUGCUGUCACUGACCUGUACAGUCCCAGACAGCUCUUCUCCCUCACAGCAGACGACUGCUUCCAAGUUGGCAAGGUGGCCUAUGACAUGGGGGAUUACUACCAUGCCAUUCCAUGGCUGGAGGAGGCUGUCAGUCUCUUCCGAGGAUCUUAUGGAGAGUGGAAGACAGAAGAUGAGGCAAGUCUAGAAGAUGCUUUGGAUCACUUGGCCUUUGCCUAUUUCAAGGCAGGAAAUGUUUCGUGUGCCCUCAGCCUCUCCCGAGAGUUUCUUCUCUACAGCCCUGAUAAUAAGAGGAUGGCCAGGAAUGUCUUGAAAUAUGAGAAGCUCUUGGCAGAGAGCCCCAACCAGGCAGUAGCCAAGACUGUCAUGCAGAGGCCCAACGUACCCCACCUACAGACCAGAGACGCCUACGAGGCGUUAUGUCAGACCCUGGGUUCUCAGCCCACUCACUACCAGAUCCCCAGCCUCUACUGCUCCUAUGAGACAAAUUCCAGCCCCUACCUGUUGCUCCAGCCCAUCCGGAAAGAGGUCAUCCACUUGGAGCCCUUUGUUGCUCUCUACCAUGACUUUGUCAGUGACUUGGAGGCUCAGAAAAUUAGGGAGCUUGCAGAACCGUGGCUCCAGAGAUCAGUGGUGGCAUCAGGGGAAAAGCAGUUACAAGUGGACUACCGCAUCAGCAAAAGUGCCUGGCUGAAGGGUACCAUUGACCCAAUGCUGGUGAACCUUGACCACCGAAUUGCAGCCCUCACAGGCCUUGAUGUCCAGCCUCCCUAUGCAGAGUAUCUCCAGGUGGUGAACUAUGGAAUCGGAGGGCACUAUGAGCCUCACUUCGACCAUGCGACGUCACCAAGCAGCCCUCUAUACAGAAUGAAGUCUGGGAACCGAGUCGCAACAUUUAUGAUCUAUCUGAGCUCAGUGGAAGCCGGAGGAGCCACAGCCUUCAUCUAUGCCAACUUUAGUGUACCUGUGGUUAAGAAUGCAGCACUGUUUUGGUGGAACCUGCACAGGAAUGGUGAAGGGAACAGUGACACUCUUCAUGCUGGCUGCCCUGUCCUGGUGGGAGAUAAGUGGGUGGCCAACAAGUGGAUACACGAGUAUGGACAGGAAUUCCGCAGACCCUGCGGCUCCAGCCCUGAAGACUGAGACGCUGGUGGAGAGAAGCUUUCCAGGAGCCAAAAACUGGGGUGGGAGAGGAGAAAGGAAAAAGGCCUCAUCAGCAUAGCCUGUUCCUUGCAAAUGGGAGGCCAGGAAGUGGUCUUCAACAGGGUACACUCGAGAGUUUGCAUUUGCUACUGCUUCAGCCAUGAGAGCGCGCAAAGGACAGUACAAAGGCGGGGGCAGUGGCGGCGUGAGAGGGAAGUUUCUGGAGUUCAGAUGCUGUCUGCUGGGAACAGAACAUACCAACAGUCGCUGGGGUUUUGUCAGGAGGCUUUGCCACUUUGAACCUUGACCUCAGGACUGAAAAAUAACAGUAAGGACUCUUGUAAGAGGGACUAUCCCGAUUCCCACAGCUUGCAGCCCCCUCCUCGCUGCCUUCUGUCACAGCCUGAGUGGGCAGUGUCUCCAUCCUAGAGCUUAGCCCCUGACUGGUAC